GUAGCGGCACAAGCGAGGCGCGAGCGCUCUGUUGUGUUUCUGUUUCUCAUACGCAUCACCUCAUUGCAGUCAGUACGUGUUGUAGCGAAAGGUUAAGUUUGCGUGAAAUAUUUCGCAAAAAGUGGUACUGUUGCUUUGUUGUUUUUAUCAAUAAAAAACUUUGCGUAUUCCGACAUGGCUGACGAAGAUCAAAGAACAAUUUGGUGCGGCAAUCUGAGUGAACGAACAACAGAAGAAAUAUUAUACGAACUAUUUUUGCAGGGUGGCCCUGUACAGAGAGUCAACAUACCGAAAGACCGCGAUGGAAGACAAAAAAGUUUCGGCUUUGUGACCUAUAAACAUAAAUGUUCUGUGCCUUAUGCUUUAAAUUUAUUUGAUGGCACAACCUUAUUUAAUAGGCUUCUGAACUUGAAAUCUAGAAAUGCCAACUCCGAAAUGCCACAACAACAGAAUCAAAUGUCACAUAUGCAACAUCAACAACAGAAUCAAAUGCCAUAUAUACAAAAGCAGCAGUAUCAACAGUAUCAACAACAACAAAAUAUUCAAGCUUUGCAAAUGAGCGUAUUAUCAGGCAACAUGUCAACUUAUGGACUUUCAAUGAUGUCUGGAACAAUGCCUUAUCCUGGUCAAAAUUUGCCGUACUCUCAGAACUCAAAGAUUUCACAAGAGUAUGGUAGACAUAAUAGACAUCAUAGAACCUCUCAUCAUCCAUAUCACGAUGAUAAUAACCAUGAGAGACGCAAUCACCGAACUGAUGCAUAUAACCGAGAAUCUAAACAUUCAUCUCACAGACAUUCACAUCAAUCUCAUAGCAGGAAUGAUAGACAUGAAAAAUAUGAAAGAAGUGAACGAUACGAUAGAAAUGACAGGCAUGAAAGAGAUGAAAGAGGUGAAAGAAGGAGGAGAUAUCAUUAAUUUCAAAACGCGUGUAGAAUCUCAUUUGUAGAGUGUAUUUGUAUUACAUUUGUAGAUGUAUAGAGUAUUAUUAGUAUCUAUACUUUUCAUGUUUUUAGAACGGAUCUAAAUACAUG